GGAAUUCAGAUUUUCAAGGGGGAUGCUCAGAUACCCAAAUGGCUGUCCCCAGGAGCACGAAACCUAAUAAAGAGGAUUCUUGAUCCCAACCCUCAUACUCGGAUAGCAAUGGCAGAUAUCAAAGCAGAUGAAUGGUUCAAACAAGACUAUAUUCCUGCAAAUGCUGAUGAUUAUGAAGAAGAUAUAUGUAUAGACGAAGAAGUCUUGUCAAUACGUGAGAUGCCAUCCGAAGCAGCAGAAAAGGAUCCAGAGUCACCCACGCUCAUCAAUGCAUUUCAGCUAAUUGGAAUGUCUUCAUGCCUAGAUCUUUCCGGCUUCUUUGAGAAAGAG